UUAUUACAAGAUUCGCUCCCGCCGCGACCGCACGUUCAAUAGCUGUCGCCAGUCGACCUCUUUUGUCGUGCGAAGUGCGAACUUAACUUGUUUACAUCGGCUAGUCGGAGCGAUGCAUGGUGCGUUUCGCGCGGUUGUGUCAUUGGCCUCAGCCGAUUAUCGCUAAAUUACGUGUGAAUUACGGACAAUGCUCUGAGAGUUGCGUCAAAACUUUUUUGAGUGAACUUUGCGAGCUCAGACCGUGAUCUCUUAGCGCCAAAUUUUGAACUAUUCCUGUGCCAUCGAUAGAGUGAGAAAGUGACUUUUUGGAGAUUUUUUUCUACAAAACUUUUACAUAAAAUAUUGUCGUUUGUAAAUUGAGGCAAUAAACACUUAAAAGUGAGAAUUUUUCGCGAAUCAUCAAAAACUGUCGUGAAAUCUCGAAGUGAGUUCUUCUUCAAGAAAACAGAUCUGCUGAUUCAUGCAAAUACUGGCCAGAUCUUGAAACUUACAUCCAAGCGGACACAUAUCAUUUAUGCAUACAAAACAAACGGCGAUCUAUCCACGAUUCCUCCGUAGAAAAAGACACUACGCCCGACAAAGAUGGCUAUAGCGUUCAACCUGCCGAGUGAGAGAGAGGCGACAGAGGAGAACUUCUCUAGACUGAACAGGCUUCUGGCUGAGCUUUACGAGGUUCUGUGCCACAUCCUGGUGUCUCGACAGCCCGGGCAAGAGACUCUGGCCCAGGACACGCGUCGAGAUGCUGUCCGACCUUACCACUCCGAGUCUGACAUCGACCGUCCUGCCAUCGAGCCCCAAUGCCGUCUCUCCGCCUCAUCCCCCCCACUCUCCCUGACCUUCGACGACCUGGAGGACGACGUAUUCAUCAGUCCCCGGACAGAUAACGGCAACGAUCUCUUCGCCACUAGAAAUGUUGAGAUAUUCGGAUACGGGAGUCCGAGGACGCCUGCGGGGGUGUUGUUGAGUCCACGAAGGGACAGAACUUUCACGUUUCCUGAGACGAGCGAGAAGCACUGGAGGGAUAAGGGAGGGACGGAUAUGGCUGAUGGCGUGGGAGACACUGAUGUGACUGACGCAGUAUCACCUGAAGAAUCGUCGCCGGACAACUCUUCCGACAGCUCGUUGUUCUCGUCCAUACUGCCGGACAAGCUGUCAGCAGGCUCCAUCUGCACAGCAGUGCUCCUAAUGCUCGGUUGGAAGUUUUUAAGUAAACGAUGAAAUCACAUACUCGCGAAAUUUGGCACCGCCAUCUAGCGUGCAAUGAGUAGUGCCCACUACUCCUGUGUUACGCUUGUUAAUUUUGUAUACAUUUUAUGUCUAUCGGUUAUUUUAUAAAUAGCCUUUUUACUAUGAUAGACACAUAAACAGUUGUUGUAUAAACUGUAUUUGUAUAUUAAACUUACUCACUUUUUGACAUGUUUUUGUACAUGAAUAUUCUGAACUUGUUACAUACUUUUUGUAGAUUUGGACUAAUUAUUCUCCUUAUGUAUUGAGAUUAUUUUUAAAGAUUGAACGGCAACGCGGGAAAAAUAACUAGAACUUUGAGGGAAAGUGAGGCAUUCGAAAAGUGAAUUUUAAAAUAAUUUACCUACUUACUCAAUAUUGGUAUUUUUUAUAAAUUGUGGUGCAAAAAUAAAACAUAAAUAUUUUACCAACUAAAUAAUGUAUUCAAUUGUCAAUUUUACAUUCCGCUUUCGGUGUUGAAGUAUAAUCCAUAGUUAUUAUCUGAACUGAACACGUAGGAAUACUUAUCUCUAUUUAUCUUAAUGACUAUUUAGAAAUUUCUUCGAAGGGUGGACCACAUAUGUUCUAUAUUAUACAAAAAUAGAUUUUAUUUUAGUAUGAAAAUAAAGUCCGUUUUCCCAGAAAUUGUUCCAAAGAGAGCAGCCUAAAAAUUAUCAUCGAUUGAUCUCAUUUUAUUAUUUUUGUAAUAAAAAUGUUUAUUUUAGAAUAGCGCUAGCGUAUUUAUAUGUAAAGAGGGAGUGGAGAGUGCCAAGUUAUGUAAAAUGAAAAUUUUAUCAGAGAAGGUCUAUUUUAAUAAUAUUUCUUGUAUAAAAGUUAAUUUUAGAUGAUUAAUAUGCUCUGACAUUUCUGUUAAACUCAAAACUUGAAAUUAAUUAUUCUAUGCCCUAAAUUUCUCGUCUGAGUAAAUAAUUUAUUGAAUUAAAUUGGAGCUAUUAUAAUUAAUCAAUGGCGUGUUAAAUAAAUGAAAGGGUCUUGUACGAUAAUUAUGUAGUUUAUAUUCGACUUUAAUUCGUAAUUACCUUAGUAUUAUGUUAUAGAUUUUUAUUCGUUGUAUCCAUGAUGUUGUAUAAAGCGUUUUGUUUUCAUCAAAAUUAGAAUCGUCAAUUACUUUAAAUUUACGAAAAUGCAAAAACUUCACCUAAACUGAAUACAGUUACAAAUUAGAAACUCAGUUUAACUGUCUUUUUAGUAAUCAAAAUGGGAACAAAACGUUUCGGGAACAAAAACUCUUUGAUCAAACUCAUCUUAUUCAUUUUAAGCAAUUUCAUUUUAGUAAUUACAAAAUGGAAGGAUGUGUUCAAAUGUGAUAUGUAAUUUAUUUAAGGAGAUGAUUAAAUAAAAGAAGUUUUCCUAAUGAUCUCUCGAAAACUCUUAUUGCUAAUAUUUUUUUGCUAAUUUGUGCUAAAUAAUAAUUAAAAUAAUACAACAGUAAUUCACAUUCUUGUGUUUUUUUUAUUGUGUACUGUAUUAAUUAGCACAAAUUACGAAUUAAACCGACAUUAUGCAUAUAAGAGUUUUGUACAUAAAUUAAAUUGGUAUGCUUAUUGCUCUUUUAUAAGAAUAAAAUUUUGUAGAGGACAAAUCCUAAAGUUCUAUAAAUGCUUCUCAAUGCGAAUGAAAUAGAAGACGCAGACAUUUUCCUUAUAUAUCAUUUGUAUGACUAAAAUUACUUAAUUUGCGUUGAAAUGCUAUAGAUUUAAAGCUAAGUCUUCAAAAAACUGCUCAAUUACUUAAACGGUCAGUUGUUAUAAAUACUUAUAGUUUAUAGUACACAUAUACACAUAGAUGAUUUCAGGAGAACUGACACGGAUGGUUCAAAUGAGUAAAUGCAGAAAAGCGAAACAGCUAAAUUUCGUUUAGUUUUCUGUAAUUUUCUGGAUUGUGGUGACAGUGUGAAAACAGCUUAUAAACGAAAUGUAAACUCCGUGAUAGAAAAUAUUUCCAGUAAGUUAAUAAAUAUAAUUUUCUUACCUAUGCCUAUAUCAAUCUCAAACAUUAACCACUGUCAUAUAUUUUACCUGGUUAAUCCUAAUAUAAGUUAUAGUCUAUUUUUGUCUCGACUAAUAAAAGUGUAUUUUUCUACUCGUCGACUAUAAUCUGUGUAUAACAACUUCAUAUGCAACACUACAACCUUACUCUUUUCAACGUUGGAUAGUCUAUGGCACUUCCGACUCAAGCAUAAGAAUUUUAUCGAUAAGGUUAAUUCGAUUAUAAAUUUUUUGAAAAUAGAACUUCAUACAUUUCGAUAAAAUAUUUCUUGUUUAAGGAGACUGGAUUCAAUGCAAAUUAGCCUACUUAAACACGCUGCUGCGUCGCAUCUGCUUUGUGAUUGGUUGGCCAACAAAAACAUUUUAUUUUAUGUUGUAGUAGAAACAAUUGCUUCAUAAGUCAGAAACGCGCAUGUGACACCCUUCAUAUAGCAACAUCCAUACCCUACGAAAACCGCUUAGCAUUGCUUGUUAGUCUCCAUAGGCUACGGUGGCCAAAAUCGAGAAAAAAACUGUCUUAAAAUUGAAUUUAGCAAAGAGCAGGUACCAGGGCCUCAUGAGUUACGAGAAGGUGUCGUUGACCAACCCGCCGGGGGCGCCGGGCCCGGCGGCCGGGGCGCGUACGAGUAUGAAGGUAACGCGGGCUGCGGCAGCUCGCGUAUCUUAGCUGUAUACUUUUGGUUUGCUUACCUAUAUGAUUCUACUAGUUGAAAGUAUUAUUUUUUUGUCUCGUAGAAAAAGUAUUGUAUACAAUAGUGAUAUAAUCAAGCUUUUCAAUCUCGUACCUUACUUAAGCAACUCAGCAAGCUUCGUUGCUUAAACACGGUACUCGACUGAAAAGCCUCUAUUAUAUAACGAUUGUAUAAAAUACUAGUAGGUAGUAGCAAAAAUAUUUCGAAGCUCCUGUUUAAGAAAGUCACUCACAAGUGACAUGAACAUGACUUACGUUUCGUGCAAUCCAUUCGUGCCAGCUUUCCUGAAUUACCUUUACUGGUCAGUAUUGAAGAAACUAGUAUAUUUUUUAGUGCAUUAUUGACAAAUUUGAUUUUACAUUUAAUUUAUUUAGUAUACACUGCCAUGAAUAGCAAAGAAAAACAAUAUUUCAAUACACGCUCGUAUUGCAUAUAUAUUAUUCCAUUGAUGAUUAUAGGUAUAAUUUUGAACCAGCCACGUAUUGUUUGUACCCAUUAGUUUAAUUUAUUUAAUUUAAAUUGUGAAUUCGAACAAAAAUACUCAAAUACCAAAUGCGUCUUCUAUAUUAGUACCGGCUUACUGCUUCACACAAUUAAUAAAUAACAUAAACGAAACUGUAAGCAAUAUAAUUGUAAUUAUUCGUAGAUUUAAGCAUAGUAAGGGAAUAUCCCACUACCAAGUCUUUACUAAUUAAGUUGUUAACACUAUGUGUCUAUGCUCAUGUUUCAAUGAGUUUCGAUUAUUAUUCAGUAGCCAUUAUAAAUCAAAUCUAUUACUGCCUUACAUAACUAAGAAAAUUAACGAAUAUUGGUCUACAGUUGUAUUUUAAAUGGCUAUCUGUAUGUUAUUCAGCGACCGUACAGGGACCGCCAAGGUAGUAGACACGGACUUGGAUUAAAGGAAUGGAGUAAAAAGUCAUUUUUUGGGAAAGAGUGAUUUCUAUGUAUAAAAAUCUGUAUAUUUUACCCGACUGUGAAAACGGAAGGGGUUGUGUUUUAGGCAUAAUUUUAAGUAUUUAGUGAAUAACGCGGCUUAUUUUAAGUAUUUAGUUUAUUUUGAUAAGUCAUACCAAUUGACUUGCACGUAAGUUUUAUAUAAUUAGCGUAUUAUUUUAAAAUCUACUGCCUUUUAUGCCUGUUCUCAAUAUUUUUUUAUUUAAAAAUAUAAUUUUUAUGAUAAA